AUGUCUCAGACAAGUGAGUCUACGAGUGUGGAUAUUGUUUCGACGACAAUAGCGGAGUAUGAAAAAGAAAUUGACAAAUUGGCUGCUUCUGUCAACGAAUCUGAAAGCCGAAGAAAUGAACCAGACACGGCCGUUACAAACAGAGGCGCAGUAGUUGCUUUAACAGGCUCAACGGGGGCAGUUGGAUCCUACAUAUUACAAAAGCUCUUACAGAAUGACCAAGUUGCUCACGUAUAUUGCUUGAAUCGUGCAUCUGGUUCUGAGGCUAUCCAACAAGCUCGAAAUGCAAAGAGAGGGAUCAAAAUCGAAUUAUCCCCAGACCGAGUUACUUUCUUGAAAGUGAAUUUGGCCAAAGAGAACUUCGACCUGGAAGACGUCGACCUAUAUCGCAAACUACAGUCAACUGUAACCCAUUUCAUCCACAACGCAUGGCCUGUAAAUUUCAACCAGACUCUGCAGUCUUUCAAAUCCAGCUUAGAUGGCGUAUUAGGUCUUAUGUCGUUUGCAACCCACGCACCUCGCCUAGCCUCGACUGUAUAUUUGUCGUCUAUCAGUCCAGUCUCAGAUUAUCAUCAAACUUCUGGUGCUGAUCCAAACUUUGUUCCGGAGCAUAUCAUCAGCGAUGUCAAAUGUCCCGCAGGCAUGGGGUACGGUCAAAGCAAAUACGUCGCGGAAAGAAUACUAGACUAUGCAUCCAAAAUGCUCAAUUUGGCAAACGUUCGUGUUGCCCGAGUUGGACAAAUCGCAGGUACAUCGACCCCCGAACAAGGCGUUCCACAUGGCUGGAACCGGCAUGAAUGGCUGCCAAGUCUGGUGAUCAGCUCCCAUUAUCUCAAGGCCAUCCCUGAAUCGCUGGGAUACAGAGGAGACGGGGAGAACGCCGGUGUGCUCGAUCGUAUCGACUGGGUGCCUAUAGACCAGCUCGCCACACUAUUACUGGAGAUCUCGUUUGGCACUGAGGCAAAAUCCUCGGACAUAACAGGAGUCCAAGUCUAUCAUCCCAUAAACCCCAACUGGGUAAGUUGGCAAAGUCUCGUUCCGACAGUCGUUGAAGCUCUGGACGAAACCUCGUCGUCUACAAGUGCCAUAAAAGUACUUAAAUACGAUGAAUGGCUUGCGCUCCUACAACCGGCUGCAAAUUCGACAAGGAGUGGCGUUGCCAAAAUAGACCACUCGAUAACUGCUGAUACACUCAGCGAAAAUCCAGCAGUCAAGCUUCUGGACUUUUAUGAGAGCCUCAUGAUGAAUACAGAUCGCGCAAAGCCACUGGCUAUUGAGCAGACUGCGAAAAUAUGUCCGUCUUUGCAAAGCCUGGAUCCGAUACAGUCAGAAUGGCUUCGUGGAUGGAUUAAGGAUUGGGUCUUGGGGUCUGAUAAUGCUUAG